AUGAGUGCCGACGCACAGAUCCAUAAGCCUCUUGCCAAGAUCGACUGGGGCGGGUAUGCCCCAUGUGAAAUAGGUACCAUGAACAUCCAAAGCGUCUUUCUCAUGGAUUUCCAUGGCAUGUUCACGCAAUGGGUCAUAAAGUGGUCCUUAAUUUCAUUGCUUCUUGUGGCCUUUGUAGCCUACAUUAUUUAUUUUGUUACGAAUGUAUAUCUCGAGCAUCGUGCAGAUGCUGCUUUGGGUCUCCGCCAUCGUUGCCAGCCGCCUCCAGAGCUGCCAUGGCCUCUUGGACUUGACCGUAUAAAGGAGCUCUGGGAUUCGAAUUCAGAAGGCCACCUUCUCGCCUUUUUGUGCUCAAUUGCCAAAAACUAUGAACCUCGCAAUAAUCUCUCCCAGUUCUUGUUGGUCGGUCCACGUGCAUUUCAUAUUCUGCAUCCGAGGACCGUGAGACCCUUCUAUCUACAAACUUUACGGACUACGACUUCGGAGUUCGACGCGAUAUCUUCGCACCCUUAUUGGGCAAUGGUCUCUUCACCCAAGAGGGACUGGCCUGGAAGCACUCAAGAGAACCUUUGCGAAAACAGACGGCCAGUCUACAGCUUACGGGCAGACAUCGACCAGGACAACGAGAACAAGUUAUUCGCGGAGAGUUUCACCAUAGCCCAGGAAGAGCGUUAUAUCCGGGAACAAGACUUGCAAAAGGACAAAGCCGCUGUCGUAGAAGCAUCCUGUGGUUUUAUCGACCAGGUCAGGAAGGAGUCUGUGAGUAAUACAGACCUUCGCGAUCAGAUCCUCAAUGUUUUGCUGGCUGGGAGAGGAGAGAUACGGCAGCGUGUUGUUUAUCCUGGACGUUCCGCCUUUCUGUUCGCCAUCCUAGCAUAA